UGUAGAAAGGGUUGUAACCGGUUAUGGAACCUGAAACAACACGAGAAAAUACACACAAGGGAGAAGCCUUACCACUGCUCCCAGUGUGGAAAGAGUUUUAAGCUUUUAGGAACCCUUAAAGCCCACGAGAAAAUACACACAGGGGAGAAGCCUUACCACUGCUCCCAGUGUGGAAAGAGUUUUAAGCUUUUAGGAACCCUUAAAGCUCAUGAGAGAAUACACACAGGGGAGAAGCCUUACCACUGCUCCCAGUGUGGAAAGAGUUUCAAACGGCCUUGUCGUCUGAAACAACACGAGAGAAUACACACAGGGGAGAAGCCUUACCACUGCUCCCAGUGUGGAAAGUGUUUCAGCAGUUUAGGGGAGCUGAAACGACAUGAGAUAAUACACACAGGGGAGAAGCCUUACCACUGCUCCCAGUGUGGAAAGUGUUUCAGCAGUUUAGGGGAGCUGAAACGACAUGAGAUAAUACACACAGGGGAGAAGCCUUACCACUGCUCCCAGUGUGGAAAGAGUUUCAAUCGGCCUUGUCAUCUGAAACAACACGAGAGAAUGCACACAGGGGAGAAGCCUUACCACUGCUCCCAGUGUGGAAAGUGUUUCAAUCGGUCAGGGGACCUGAAACAACACGAGAGAAUACACACAGGGGAGAAGCCUUACCACUGCUCCCAGUGUGGACAGUGUUUCAAUCGGUCAUGGGACCUGAAACGACACGAGAGAAUACACACAGGGGAGAAGCCUUACCACUGCUCCCAGUGUGGAAAGUGUUUCAAUCGGCCAGAGGACCUGAAACAACACGAGGGAAUACACACAGGGGAGAAGCCUUACCACUGCUCCCAGUGUGGAAAGUGUUUCAGCCAGAAAGGAGGCCUGACCCAACACGAGAGAAUACACACAGGGGAGAAGCCUUACCACUGCUCCCAGUGUGGAAAGUGUUUCAAACAGCCAGAAUAUCUGAAACGGCACGAGAGAAUACACACAGGGGAGAAGCCUUACCACUGCUCCCAGUGUGGAAAGUGUUUCAACCAGAAAGGAAGCCUGACCCAACACGAGAGAAUACACACAGGGGAGAAGCCUUACCACUGCUCCCAGUGUGGAAAUAGUUUUAAGGUGUUAGGAACCCUUAAAGCUCAUGAGAGAAUACACACAGGGCAGAAGCCUUACCACUCCUCCCAGGGUGCAAAGUUUUUGCCCAUUUAGGAAGCCUGAAAGAACAAAUGAGACUACACACAGAGGAGAAGGCUUAGAAAUUGCUCAGACUGGGAAAACAUAUUACUCAUCACAGUCACUUGAACGUCAUGAGAGAAUCCACACAGAAGAGAAGAAUUACUUGUAUAUCGAUAUUUCACAUCUCAUUGACUUAAAAUUCAUCAGAGAACAUACACAGUGCUCCCAUUGUCUUAUAUUGUUGACUGAUAAUGUGUUUACUUGUUUUUACCAUAUGAAAUUAAAUGGUACAAGGUAUACUCAAA